AUGUCGAGAAAUGACGAGGAAAACAUCGAGCGUAAAGAAAACAAUUUUGUUAUCACUGAAGGUACUUCGUCAACAACAUCUGUUCUAGUCUCCGGUCGUGAAAAUUCAAACGGUUCUAAGGAAGUCUCAAGCUCGUCAGAUCCCAGUGAACCUAAAUACAUUCUUGAUCAAUCGGACGAUGAAACGGUGGAAAGUCAUGAGAAUCGUGACACGAGUGGGAAUGAAAUUGCACGAGAUGUAGCUGGUGUUACUGACAGUGUUGAUAGCAGUACGGACCCAGAUGAUGUUGAAACAAAAGCAUUACAUGACGAUGAACCUGAAAUGAACAAAUCUACUCCUGGUAGAUUAAAAAAUGCAGCUGACAUGGUCAAUGUACGUCAUGAUCAUGCUGAGUUGGGGACAGAUUCAGCUGGACCUGUUUCACGUGAUCUAACAAACAGCGAAGCACACGUGACAAGCAGCAUUGAGCAUGUAAUACAUCAUGAUAAUCUCGAUUUAGAUGAGGAUGAACAAGUGGUAAGCAGCGAUGGACGUGGUGAUAGAAAAAGUACUGAACAUGAUUAUACCGAAAAUGAAAGUCGUGGAAUGAACACUCCGGAAAGCAGGGAGAACGAAGCUCGGAAAGACGAGAUCAUUAAUCUUCCCAUGGAGACGAACGAUGCUCUGGUAACGAGUGCCCAAGGUAUAUUGAAGGAUAGCGUUGAAACGUCUGUGGAUAGCGAGGGUAGUGAUGUAACUAGGAAUCUGAACGAAGAGAGAAGUGAUACAUAUCACACUACUUAUGAUGAGAAUACUUUAAGAACAGACAACUCAGAAAAUAUGAUAGAGAGUACAUGGAACAACCCCUCCGGAAUACUGGUUGACAAACCAGAUCAUGAAACUGGCAAUGGUAUAAGUUCUACGGUUGGAGAACUAGACUCACGAAACAGUUCUACUGGCAUAACAUCAUCAAGUAACCUUGAAACGAGUAAAGAGCAACUAGAAUUUUCUCUUCCCGAAGAAAGUCAACGUGCGUCUUCAUCUGAAAAUUUGUCCUACGUCGUGUCGACUAGUAGCCAACGCGUUGAAAUGAAUACUAGCAGUGUUCCUAAGCAACAAGAUCACGUUAAUACAAGAAGUGUUGCUAGGCAACACGAUGACAUAGCUACAAGCAGUGGAAUUCCUAAUAUUUCUGAUGUCAGUUCUUCUGAUACAAGUGAAUGCGCGGAAAAUGCUUAUGAACCCGAAUCGCGCAGUUCCCAAAUUAAUCUUCCUGAUAGCGGAGAUAAUGUAAAUAAAGGUACUGGAAGUUCUGGAGUGGAAUUUCCUGAUAGCGUUCCUAUCGUGGAUGGAAGGAACCGUCCAUCCAUUGCUCGAAGGUCAUCCGAAAAUUCCCCGGGUUGUUCCGUGGAGGAACCGUCCACCACAAAUUUCGACGAACCGACAAUUUCCGGUACUUUUACGGAUGAUCACGAGAGCGUAAGUGGAAAUGAAGCGGAGUCAAUGACUAAUGAAGAAGGUGAAUUUAGGUGUGAAGGGAACUUCAAAGGAUACUCAUUGACUGAGAGGGAUAAUAUUGUUGAUUCGUCUACGGUAUCCCCUGUUAGUGUUACUGAUGACAUAGAUCGUGAUAAUGCAAGUGAUGAAAACAUGGAACAUUUGAGGGAGGAUAUGGAUGGUAGUGACUAUAGUACUCAAGUUGAUAUAGGUGGAUACUUGGGAUCAAGCGUGCGUGGUGUGAGAAAGACAUGUGAUACUUCGUCAGAUAUUAACAGGAAUAUUAGAGCCAACUUGUCCGAGAGAAUUAUCGAUACAACGGGAUUUUUAGGAAUGAAUGAAGAUAACAAUGCAUCCCAAAAUACUGCAGGGACUAGUGCAGAUACAACUGGUUAUUUAGGCCAUAGCGAGGAUAGCGCUGGAUCUCUGAUUGCACCUGAAGAUAGUAUAGGAACAACUAUGGGGAUCACAUCAAGUACAAAAUAUGAUAUUGCAGUGGAAGCUAUAUCCAGUGAUGAAGAGGAGUUAGAGGAAGGAGAGAUCGCUGAAACAAUAGAUGAUGUCACCAGAAAUGACGUGACAACCUCACCGUGUGACGUCACACCAGAACACGUAAUUACCUCGUCAUCUGAGUCAUACUAUACCCCCGACACUAUUCCAAUAUCACCACCAGCUGACUCUGAUGAACCUUCCACUUCGUCCAGUUUCCUUGAUUUCGGAGCAUACACCUACCCGUCCACGCAACUCGCAGGAUCGUCGACGCAACUCGCGGGCUCCUCACAUGUGCCUCACUCAGUAUUCCCCUUCUCUGCUCUAAACCUGCGUUCCGCACCCAGCAGUAAUUGUUCAUCACCGGUUCAAGUGGUCUCUGGGGCUAAUACGCCAAUCAGAUAUCAGCAAGCAGAUUCUACACCAAUCAUAUUUCAGCCUGCGGAUUCAAGUAAUAUGCUGACACCACAGUAUGAACCGUUAAGCGAUGACGAUAGUUCCGAGUCUCAUGAUAAAUGA